GCAGUGGCGGCGGGGCCAUGGCGGCGGUGGCAUCGCCGCUGCCCCCGGCGACGCCGGCGCCCCCUGGCGGUGCGGCGGGGCCCCCCGAGGGCAGCGAGGCGCUGCUGGUGGCGCUGGGCGCGGGGCUCGCCGCCGCCAGCCACCCCCUGCUCUACGUGAAGCUGCUCGUGCAGGUCGGGCAUGAGCCACUACCUCCAGCCAUUGGAAGAAACGUGCUGGGAAGGAAGGUCCUUUACCUGCCCGGCUUCUUCACCUAUGCCAGACACAUUGUGGAAGUGGAUGGGAAGAGAGGCCUCUUCCGUGGUCUUACUCCUCGCCUCAUCUCAAGCACUUUAUCAACCAUCACCAGGGGGAGUGUGAAGAAGGCCUUUCCACUGGAAGACAUGGAGCACGUUUCUAACAAGGAUGAUGUGAAGACCUCCCUUAGGAAAGUGGUGAAAGAGACCUCCCAUGAGAUGAUGAUGCAGUGCAUGUCCCGCGUUGUCUCGCAUCCGCUGCAUGUGAUCUCUAUGCGCUGCAUGGUCCAGUUCAUAGGCCGGGAAGUCAAGUACAGUGGUGUGUUCAGUGCCAUUGGCAGGAUACUUAAGGAAGAAGGGAUCCUGGGAUUCUUUGUGGGUUUAGUUCCUCACAUCCUGGGGGAUGUCAUCUUCCUCUGGUGCUGCAACCUCCUGGCUCACUUCAUCAACACUUACGCUGUGGAUGAUAACUUCAGCCAGGCAUCGGUGAUCCGGAGCUACACCAAGUUCGUGAUAGGGAUUGCUGUGAGCAUGCUGACGUACCCAUUCCUUCUCGUGGGAGAUCUCAUGGCAGUGAACAACUGUGGGUUGCGUGCUGGCCUCCCUCCCUAUGCUCCUGCAUUUACAUCCUGGAUCCACUGCUGGAGGCAUCUCAGUGCUCAGGGGCAGCUGUUCCGUGGCUCCAGCCUGCUCUUCCGCAGAGCUCCCAUCCCAGCCGCCCGCUUCCCCAUUGACUGACUCCUGGGCAGGGAGAGGUGGUGAACUUGGGCUCCUCGAGAAACCCUGAGCUUGAUUUGAUAUUUGUAUAGUUUUAGUUUUUGAUCCAAAUUCCAUGGUGCCAGAAUAAGACACCUCCUCUCCAGUAAGGUCAGCACCAAGUUGGCUUCUGGACAUCUUGCUUCAGGCUCCAGCUGGACCAAAGCUCCAUGCUCAUGGCUGUUUCAACCAGGAUGUGCAGCAGAGAGCAGAAGAGCGGUGACUUGUCUCUUUGGUCCAGUUUAUGGCUCUGGGAGUCUGGGAAACCAGGAAAUGCCCAGAUACUGAUUGAGGGACAAAAGACUGCUUCAUUCUGCCUGAGCUGGGGAGCAGCAGGAGAUCCAGGGUCUCCUUGCUGGGAAGGCUACAGCAGCUGGCCAGCUUCCUGCCUCUUCUCCUCUGGUCUGGAGAGGGCAAAGGUUGGCAUGGCUCAUCCUGAGCGAGAUCAACCCUGUGACCUGUAUUUGAGGUUUUGAGGGUACCUGAGCAGUGGGAAGCUCAGCACCUCCCAGGGUGCGAGAGGGAAAUUGAAGUAUCAAAACCAGAAAAGGGAAACACUUCCCACUGUAAAGAACAGCACAGUCCCAAAGGGAGAGGCUCAGGAGUGGUGUUGGAUCUUGGACAUGGAGAGAGCUCUCAGGAAGGGCUGUGUGCUGUGAUGGCAACUGCUUUGGGAAGGCUUUUUGCAGUAGGCUGGGCUGAUGUGGGUAGCAUACAUCCCACAGAGCUGCUGGGUGUAUCCCGGGUGUCCAUUUCCCAGGGGACAUGGGGCCUGCUUGCACUGGCACAGUGGCACCACAGGAGCAUCUCCCUGUCAGCAGCACCAGGAGCCCCAGCAUUGCAGCAGCAGCACUCAGUCCAGGGCUGGAAUGAAGGAACAAACCUUGAGCUGUCCAAAGGCUGGCAAGGCACUGGGAUCAAGGGCUCCUUGUGCAUGUUUGGCUCUUACAUAGCAGCUCACUGGUGACAGCAGGGAGGGAUUUACCCUCAGCUCUCCAGACAGGAGGUUGAUUUGCACCAGUCUGCGCUGCCACAGCAGCCAGGCCGAGUCCCCCAUUUGGUUCCCCCCCAGAGCACUCUUUUGCACAGAGGUGUUGCUGCACUCCCUGUGAGGAGGCUUUGCGGUCCUUGAGCAGGUUCUUGUGUGGGGUCACAUCCUCUGGGACCCAAACCUGCCGUGGCACAGGGCUUUUCCUGCAUCAGACGGGUUCAAUCCACACCUCCCAGCCAGGGCUUCUGGGGCAGUGCUGCUACAUGCUGGGACCAGCAGCCCCAACCCAGCUCCGUUCGGUGUUGUGAAGUGGGUCCUGACUUUCCUCCCUUCCUCCCAAACGGUUUGUGUUACAGUAACAGAAGUUAAAUAAUGCAUGGUCCUGUUCCCUAACACCAGAGAUGAUUCCCAAGAGGAUUUAACUCUGCUCCAAAAUACAGCUAUAAAACAACUAA